ACAAAAUGGGAGACUGGGGACUGUCUCUACUGCUCAUCUUUUCGACAGUAGUUCAUGAGAUCUCCGCUGUACACAGCAAACCGUUUACUUGGCAGAGCCGGCACGGUUUCCUCUCAAGCAGCGAAUUCUACUCACCCACUCAGUACCAGAAGACGCCCUCAGCGACGAGAAUCACCAGCAAUCCGUUCAGUAUUCAAAGUCAUUCACGUCAGAAACUUGACAAAACUCCAUUCCAGUUCGAACAAUUGAAUCCACAUCAACGGUGUGUGAAGAAAGCGAAUGACCACACCUCAGCAUCAAGAUUCCGGGACCUGAUCGUUAGUCUAGGUGGGGGCUUGGUCAAACAUCCAUCUUUGGCAACGUCUAACCGUUAUCACCAGAGUGGCCUUAGACGCUCGACAAGAUCGCAGGUGGAUGAAAAUCAUUUUCUACUCCCAUUUCUUCAAACGAUUAGUUCGCAUUUUGGUGAAUACCUCCGCAGGGUCCUGGGAUGUCAGGCAGAACAUAGAACUUACGUCGCCCAACCAAGAAGCUCUCGUUUAUCCGCUCCGUCUGUAGACCCAAUACAAUCAAUUUCAUCAUCAUCAUCCUCAUUGAUCGAGCAGCCACAGUCUCAUUCAUCUAUUAUAUCUGAAAGAUCUGCUCCUCAGGUACCAAACAUCCCUAUCCUGCCACCCUUUAAACAAAGACCAUACACUAAAGGGAAGACAGAAUCACAAGAGCCUCGAACGCCCAUCUUCCCCAGUCCAAGGCAAGUUGGACAUCACAAAGCGCCCUCUACGGCUUCCUUUCCAAAGUCGUCAGUAUCACCAUUUAGACCGAUACAGAGAUCACCGCACAUUGAUAAACCAUUGGAACCACCAAGGAUUGAAGAUAUCGUGAACACCGAAGAGGUUAACAUCAAUUCACAGUCAUCAAGGUCGGAUAGUUCUGUGCCACAGCCAUUUGAAGAACUGCCUUUCUCCCCGCCACCUGUCGACAUGAGUGGUCUACCACCCCCUGUAUUUGCAAGUAGUGAUUCCAGUGCGUCAUCUCUCCCGGAUAUUGUUCAGACGAUUUCAGAUUCCUCUACUCGCUUCACACCCGUCAACCCUUCAAUUACGUUCACUUCACCCGGUUUACAACCGCACCGAAUGAGCGAGGUAUCACUGCUUCCAACAACCGCCGAUCCAAAUGGGUCGUCACCACCACCCUCCAUUCCUGUUACUACUUUAAGUCUUACGAGCCAUCCAUCCCACACCUCACAUCCGCCAUCAUUCACCUCUUCAACAAUGACAUCGACAUCUCGGCUUUCAGCUAACAGUCAGCCUGGGCAGUCUCAGGGUACAUUGUAUUUCGGACCUCCAGGGUCCGAUGUGAAGGUUUUAGUGGAAGCCAAUGGUGCUCUCAGGCAGUGGCGUAUAGCAGUUCCUCCAAUGUUUGGUAUCAUCGACCUCCUGAGGUACCUGGCCCGUGAACAGGCGGAACCCAUCAACCUAUCCACCUUAGAUCCACACUGCUUCGUGUUGACACGUAUGUUGGGUUUACGGAUCGACGAUUCACACAUCUGGACCGUGACCGUGAUAACAUUACAGCAAGAGGUGAUCUUCCAAGAUCGAUGCCUGCCGUCUUCGAAUCUCUACAUUCUACCUGGAUACACGCUUGUCUUUCGUUACACACAGACAUAGAUACGGAACGGUUACAAAGUGAUUACAACUCUAUCAUGAGUGAAAAGAAAACGGGUAUUGCUCGCUAUGAACUGUAUUACUUUGCCUAGAUUUGGGGUAGAGCUUAUAUUUUAAGAUUAGGAAUGAAACGACUUGUCCAAAGACAUGGUCAGGAAAUAUCCAUCAACGGUUCUAAAGGAAAUUUUGAUGUCCGCUUAGUAAAUGUGUUUGUCCAAACAAACCUCACUCACUUAAUAAGAGUUAGAAAUGAAAACCAAUUAAACGAAAAUAUAUAUGACUUGGGUGUUGCUGCAAUUAUUGAAAAAAAAUGUGUGCAAAAAUAUGAUUACCAAGAUUGAUCUGCCGUAUUUUUGACUAAGCACAUCAUUUGCCCUUUUUUUAAUUCGAAAGGGUCAUUAUUUUGAGGAAAUUAGGCAGGAUUGAUCUUUAAUAGCGACGUUUGUGUUUGAAUUGCUAUUUUAGAUAAUUGAUUGUGUAACACUUGGCUCCUCUUCAAACGCUUUGCCUUAUCAGUGAAUGAAAUGAACUCAAUAGAUAUAAAUGUAAUGAAUUAUAUCUUUAUUUUCAGUUUUUAUUUUUUGAGGAACUAUAUGCAGAAUGUUGUUGAAGAUGUAUAUUGAAUUUAGUUUUCAAGGUUUCACAAUAGACAGUGCAUUCAAGCUGAGGCAAUUUGACGAAAACAAUUACGCUAUAACACUAAAUUUAACAAAUUCAGGUUAUUUCUAUUGUUUUUCCUAAAAAGAAUACUUUAACUUCAAGGAGAUUUGAUAUAAUAAAUCUGUUAUGUAAACAUUAUUGAAAAUAUGAAAUAUACUUAUAUGGUAAAGAUAUUCUUGUUCAAUGCCAAAUACAGGGUUUUUUGUCAACUAUGAAAUUAAAGUUUCAAAGAGGGAAAGGCAAUUCCACAAAGUACAUUAAAAAUGUUAUAACUUAUUUUAUAACCAAAACUUCAAAGAAGGUACAGAUUCGCCUAUAAAUCUAGACAACAUACUCUUUUACAAAGAUGAGAUUAAAAGUAUUUCAAUUGCCGUUCCAAUGGUGCAAUUUUUUUUAAAGUUACUUUUAUUGUACAUUAAUUGUUUCUCAAAAUAUUUCCACCAGAGAGAUUGCAUGAACUGUUUUUCAUGAAUGACAUAUGACGGUUAUAAGUGCAGUAUGACGUGUGGGAUAGGUGCACAAAUAACAUUGAUCCAUCAGAUUGGUCUGAUAUUAUUGUUUUUAUCUCGGCUUGCAUGGUGUUUAUCGACUUUGGGAAUUUUUUUAUAAAACUGACAUAAAUUUUUCAAUGUUAUAUUAACCAUGAUUUGAGAUAAAAGCGAUGUUUUUCAAAUUAUUGCUCGUCUAUAGAAUAAUACAAUGAUUUGCAAGCAAUGAAAACUAAACUUGAAAAUAGGUUGUUAUAAUUACACCUUAUCAAAUAAAAUGCCAAAUUGGACAUGGG